AUGAGUCCUGGCGCUCCUAAUGGUGAGCCUGUCGUUGGCAGCGAUGGAUCGCGAAAAAAGGGCAAGGCGACACCCGAUACACUCGUGGUCGGGUGCAUUGCCAUGGUGGAGAAGAAUGGCCUCCCUCGACGCGCAGAAAUCCUAGGCAUCAAGGAUACAAAGAGCGGCCGCCAGUGUUACUGCAAUUUUGACAACUUCAACAAGCGACUUGACGAAUGGGUCCCUCUCUCUAGGAUCGACUUUGAGCAAGACGUCGAGUGGCCAAAUCCGGACAAAGACAAGCCCAAGGACGGCAAGACCAAGAAGGGGGCAGUGGCACCGUCCAAGAAAGCACAGCCUGGGAAGAGACCACAGAAACGACCUCCACCAGGGAAGCGGGAGCAGUCGAUCACUUCAGAAGCCCAGACGCCGCACCCAUGGACCGACUUUGUCGACUCCCAGUCGCAAACGCAGAAGGGCACUCCAACUGGGGACGACGGCCCCGAGGUGGCCACCCCGAUCCAGGAUGGCGCCGCUACGCCCGCGGCCGGAGAUGAGAUGGACGUCGACGGCGAUGAGACGCCAAAACCCGACUCGUUCAGUCGAGAGGAUGAGAUCGAAAAGCUGCGUACCUCGGGUUCCAUGACACAGAAUCCGACCGAGAUCGCCCGCAUCAGAAACAUUUCGACGGUUCAAUUUGGCCAACACGACCUUUUCCCCUGGUAUUUCUCGCCCUAUCCGGAGGUUUUCACUCAGGAAGAUAUUAUUUAUAUCUGCGAGUUCUGCCUCAACUACUACGGCAAUCUCACCAGCUUUAAACGGCACCGUCACAAGUGCACGCUGCAACAUCCGCCCGGAAACGAGAUUUACAGGGACGAUUGGGUGUCGUUCUGGGAGAUUGAUGGGCGGAGGCAGCGGACCUGGUGCAGGAAUCUCUGUCUGCUAUCGAAGAUGUUCCUCGACCACAAGACCCUUUACUACGACGUGGAUCCCUUUCUGUUCUACGUCAUGACGAGGCGGACCGACAAGGGCUGUCAUCUCGUCGGCUAUUUUUCCAAAGAGAAGGAGAGUGCGGAUGGCUACAAUGUGGCCUGUAUUCUGACCUUGCCUCAGUACCAACGCAAAGGUUAUGGCCGGCUGUUGAUCCAGUUCUCUUACGAGCUAUCGAAGAUCGAGGGCAAGCUAGGAUCGCCUGAGAAACCCCUCUCUGAUUUGGGUCUCCUCAGUUACCGACAAUACUGGAUUGAAAACAUCGUGGAUAUGCUGCUCGAGUACCACGAUAAAGACGAUAGGUGCAGCAUAGAGCAGAUCUCUUCAGCCCUCGCCAUGACGACUCAGGACGUCGAGCACACGCUCCAGGCAUACAAGAUGCAAGUUUACCACAAGGGCGAGCACAAGAUUGUCGUGCCCAACAGUCAAAUGGAGGCGCACAACAAACGGUUGGAGAAGAGGAAGAAGCUGCUAUGGAGAGAGAUCAAGCCGGAUUUGAUCCAAUGGAAGCCGCCUGUGUUCACAGCUUCGAACAGGACAUGGGGCUGGUAG